AUGGGGGCCCUCAGAACCGUUGGUCUGGUGAUACUGGCGGUCUCGGCUUUCACCUUUAUCGCGCUAUUUGGCAGGCUGCCAGCUUUCCGGAAAACCCCGGUCGCCUGGCUGCAUAGGGUACUGUGGGUGUACUUUCCAAAUGGAAUUGCGAUUGUCGAUAAUCGCUUGUUCGGCGGAAGGGUAUUACGAUGCUGGAAUCGAUCUGGCAGCUAUGUAUUGAAGGAAAACCACCCGCUUGUCCUGAUCUUCUUUGUCUCCUUGCUGGUCAUUGGAGAAGGCAUCUUUGUCCCGGCUGCGUGGCCUCGGCUUUCGAGCAUUCAUCGACUCUGGGUACCCGCAACUAUCAGCUUGCCAUAUUUCCUGCUGUACAAGUGUAUUGUGACCAAGUCAUUUAUCACAGCAGAGAACCAUGCGGAAGAGAUGAGACGCUAUCCGUAUGACCGAGUCCUUUUUCAUCCAGGACAUCAAUGCAGCACCUGCAAAUUCCUCAAGCCAGCGCGCAGCAAGCAUUGCAGCUUCUGUCGCGCUUGUAUUUCUCGACAUGACCACCACUGUGUAUGGUUGAUGAACUGCGUCGGGGCUAACAAUUGCGUGUACUUCAUCUCGCUCUUGGUCUCCCUUUCUGUCAUGUUGAUCUACGGCUCCUACCUUGGCCAUUCCAUCCUCUCCGGGACACUUAAGCAAAUGGUUCCGCCAGAGAUACAGGAGGUUAUGCAAGGCUGGACAACCUGGAUCAACACAUGGGGUAUUGUGAUCGCUGCUGAUCCCAAAAUUGGGACAGUAUUUCUACUGAUGGUGAUGACUGCCCCGCUGUCGAUCUCUUUCCUGGCGUACCAUACAUAUCUCAUUUGGGCUGGGGUGACAACCAAUGAGAGUGCAAAGUGGACCGAUUGGAAAGAAGACGUGGAAGACGGCUUCGUUUUCAAGACAAACCGGAGUCUCAUUUUCGACAGCCCUCUUCCUAUGGAUCCUAUGGCAGAUCCAAAGCCAUUAUGCACGCCAGCUGAGCUCAUGCUCAAGGUAAUCCUUGCAGGGACACUGAGCCACUACGAAGUUCGAGGCAUGAUUGAUGACAAGCGCUUGGAGCACAUGCUUGCCGCUGGGAAGCAGAUCCUGUACAAGACACACCAGGAGAGCGAUGUUCGUCACAAUCUCGGCAUGUCGCCGGAUAUCUGGCAAGGUCUCACGAACGUCCUCACAAAAGCAAUCCCCGUCCUUGAGUCCCAAUCUUUCGCAUGGAAAAGCCCCGCAGCAAGCUACGAACACUCAUCUGCAAAUCUGAUCGCAUACAAUUAUUUCUCACUGGUCAAAGACAUUGAGCGCUUGAAUGAUCUGUGUACAAUCGCUCGCAAUCUCCUCGCCACAACCAAGAAGGCACAGAACCUCGCGGCGGAAACCGGAUUUGACCAAAGGAUUCUAGCUCUCAUCGACACAUGUGUUCGUGUGACUGCUCGAGGCUUCGAUGGCGAGCAAAAUGCGCGGAACGAGGAGCGAUGGCAGAAAGUCGUCAACCUCUAUAAGCGCCUUCUGAUUACAUGUCUACAGUACCUUCACAACUUUAUUAUGCACAAUGAGCAUCGCAAGAUGGUUCUCUGGCUGGAUCUGUUUGGUUACCAUUCGACCGCUGAUACGAACAUCAUAAAACCCAAGGAGCCUUUGGACGAUGCCAGCUCGCGAGAAGGAGUGGCGCCUAUUGUACAAGUUGGAGAGCGUGUCAUCAACCCGCCCAUUCGCGCACUUUACGACCAAACUGCAGAGGAUUUGUUAUUGGAGACUAUCGCCAAGUUCCCCCGGGAGCCGGCAACUAUCAAGGAAGAGGCUGCCAUGCUGCUUCUGGCCAACAUUAAGGAUCACAUGGAGAGGAUUUUAGGGCGAGACCUCAGCGCUAUUCAAGAAAUGGGCAGAGACCCAGACCAGGUCAAGGAUAUCAGAGCUGCUUUGACUGCGAUACUAGGGGCUAAGGUUGACGGUUGGUCUGAUCUCCAGGACCGCGCUCGUGAGCUCCCGGCUGCGCUUCCCGAGGAAGAGCACGAGGAUCCUAAAGGCCACGAAGACCAGGCGCACGAUGACCACAGGGAACACGACGAGGAAGAAGAGGAACACGAAAUCACCAAGAAGAAGACCAUCCUGACUAUUGAUCGCAGUCUCACGGCUGGUUUCCCUCGUCUUUGCUGGGCUGAUCUUCCAGAGAUCAACGAUUUUGGCGCUGUCGAUGGACCUGUUACAGAUGAAGAUACCAGUAUGCCCCGGUCAGCUCAAUCGGCUGCCGAGACCCUCCAAGAGGCCAAGGAUGAACUCAUGGCUCGGCUUCAGGAGCCAUCACAUAUCGAUGGCGACGAAGAGCACGACUAUGACCACGGUGAUUCACACACAGUUGGGGAUGAUGAUUCACACAGCCUGGAUCAUAUGGCUGACGGAAGCGUGGACGGAGAUGGCGAGGAUGAUGUGGAUGACGAUGGCGUCGACGGAGAAGCCGAUGAUGAAGAAGAGGAAGACGACGAAUACCGUGGCCGUCCUGGUGAUCAACAGCGGGGUCUUCUAACAGAUAUCCCUCUAGUCCUUGGACCGGCAGAAAUCGAAGCUUUGCCUAUGAUUGUUCAGGCCGGUAUUGUGGACAGCUUUGGCCUCAAGGGCGGCGAACGGAAUGGAUCUAGGAACAUGCAAGCGCUCCGCUGUCAUAUUCUGCUCACGCAGGAGACAGGACGUAACCUACUCCGUGAACUACUGAUUUUCAUUGCGGCAUGGGACCUUCCCGACGACGAGCUCUACUUCAAGAUGAUGGUCCAGAUCAUGGAGGCCGUGCUUAAGAAUGGCCUUAUGUCUCAUGCCUACUCGGAUUUCGGCCAGCCUAAGGACAUCAUCUCUCCGGCCCAGGCUGUUGUGAUCAAGAUACUUACCCACAUCUUCCGAGCCAAGUACUCUCCUGCGUCUGUGACAGGCUCGGCUCAACCUAAUAUCCCUCGCAACCCGAGCUCGCUCAACCGAGUUGAUAUCCUCACUGUCCGAUACAUCUUCACCAUCUUCCGUGGUAACAUCAUCCCCGAGACUUGUGCUCUAAUCUAUCUCCAAGGCCAGAUCCGCGCCGAGCGGGCUCUUUCUGAGGACUUCCCGCUCAAUCUAUGGGAUAUGGAACGGGUCUAUGAAGGUGUCUACCAAUUUUUAGAGUUCUUCGCGGUGCUGACCGAGAACAAUGACUGGAAGAACCUGCUGGUUAAAUGGGAGAUUGUCUAUGAUUUGGUGACAUUGAUCAAGGAGUUGGAAGCAAGCAUCCCCAAGGGCCAGCUGAGCCAAUUGUCCUUUGGCUCCGUGCCCCCUCCCCCUCCUCCCCGAAACGACACCGCAAACGAUGCCUCCGACGCUAGUCCUCCAGCCCCUGUUGCUGUCGAACGUCCUUACGACCCUAGCGACCCAGACCCUGCCGACAAUAGCGCCGACAGCGUCGACUCUCGACCUGAGUCCCCGCCGAUCACAGAGGAUCCCUCUGAGUUUGAAUGGCGCAAUCUCAAGAAGCUGGUCGUGCUUGUGCUCUCCUCGCUUGUCUGGAAGUGUCCCGAUGUCCAAGAGCAGAUUCGUCGUUACGGCGGCGUGGAGGCGAUUCUUUGCUGCACCGCUUUCGACGCCCACAACCCAUACAUCAAAGAACAUGCUGUGAUGUGCCUCAAGUUCUUGCUGGAGGGUAACCGUGAGAAUCAGCGCCUUGUUGAAGAACUCGAGGCUCGUGAGGUUGUCAAUAAUGAUGGCGGUGUGCUCGAGCGAAGCGGCUAUGAAGCUAUGAUCAACCAGGCAGGCAAGUUGGCCAUCCGAUCCAAGGCUCGGGCUGAGGAAAUUUUAUGA